UAAAAUACACAACAGCUGCUUGAGCUGCUCUGAAAGCAUAUAAUCAGAGAUUAAAAUUGUCCUCCUGUAAGAGUCAUACGUUGAAUAAUUUAUAUUGUUUUGUUACUUUGUUGUUGCAGUUGUUGAUUUUUUUUCACGUGAUGUUAUUUUACUUGUAACGCUUGCAUUAAACUUGUUUGGUGUGGUGGUAAAAAGGUUAUACACAAAAUCAGGAACAUUGUUUUUUUUUUUCACUCAUAUAUACCCAUUCGCAACUUUAUUGGAAUUAAAUUGCCACAAGUUGUACCUGUUGUUGUUGCAUAAUAUUGUCCCAUGAGAAUAAAAAGUACGUCACAAAAUGUCAACUAGAUAUUUGAAAAAGGUUUAUGGCAAUGACAUUGAUGUAGAGAAAAACCAAGACGAGUCGUCGGAGUAUGAAUCGUCUGAUCAAGAACUUAGGGCAGGGAGGCAAAAAAAUUUCAACGUUUUCAAUUUGUUGAACGACAAUCCCGAUAAUGACGCGGAAUCUGUUGAAGAACCAGAGGUUAAGGAUGAAGAAGAGGAGGAGGUCUGCGAUAAAAAAUCAAAGAGUAAAAAAAAGAGAAAAAAGCAAAAAAAGUCUCAGAAACGAAAAGAGCAAAAGGAAAAUCACGAAACUGAUGAUGAUGAAUCGCUGGAUGAGAUUGACAGAACUGUCAAACAAAUAAAUAAGUUGUUAGGAGAACCAGAGCCAAGUACCAGCUCAGCUUUGGCUGAUCAUUUGCAGGGACGUCUCGUUACAAAGUCAAAAGAAAAAAUUUUGGUUGUCCAGCAUAAACACUUGAAUCCUUACAAUGAACUCAAGAGAAUAUUUGGUAGUAGAACCAUACAAGCUGAACAAACUAAACCAAGGACAAAGGAACAUACUGGGCACUUGAAAAAGACUUGGAUGGUUAUGAUACGGGAUAACUUGUAUCCUGCAAGAAAAUCUGGAAUAACUAUGACAUUGGACAAGACUAUGGAUAAAACUGGUGUGCAGUAUUUUGUUUACGAGCACAGUUCUUCAUACCGACAAGUGCAACAAAAAUUCAUCAACACUGUAGAAAGUCUUAAUCCAGAAAACAUUAUUAGCAUUGUCAAUGCACAUCCAUACCAUGUGGACAGUCUGCUUCAAUCUGCGGAAAUUUGUAAAUUAAGCGAAGAAUUAGCAAUGGCAGCUAGUCUCAUUGAGAGAGCAUUGUUUUAUUUAGAAUAUGCUUUCCAUCCCUUGUUCAAUAUGACAACAGCCACUUGUCGAAUAGAUUACAGAAAACAGCAAAAUCGUGCCUUGUUUAUAACAUUAUUCAAACACCUCAUUUUAGUUGGUGGCAGAGCAUGCUACAGGACAAGCUUGGAAUUGUGUAAGUUUUUAUUAUCUUUGGAUCCUGAAGAAGAUCCAUUGGCUGCUGUAUUGAUGAUAGACUUUUAUGCCAUAAGAUCUAAAGAAUACGAAUGGUUUUGUGAAUUCUGUGAUCUAUGGGAGAGCUCAAAAAAUUUGCAACAACUCCCAAACAUCGCCUACAGUUUGGCUCUAGCACACUUUUAUUUAGGAAAACAAGAAAGUGCAGAUGAGCUUUUACAAAACGCACUCAUCAUGUUUCCAGGUGUAUUAAUACCCCUGUUGGAUAAAUGUAGUAUAAAUCCAGAUUCAAAGGUCAUGGGUCAUGAUCACUUUAUGAUAAAAGCAACCACAAGUACUUCACCAGCAUUAGAAAAAUUGCAACUCUUGUACGUUUCACGUAGUUAUCAUUUAUGGAAAGAAGUCGACAUUUUACCGUGGUUCGAGAGAAACGUUAAUUCAGUUCUUCAGCGAGUAGAUGCAAAAGACGAAUACGUCAAGUUUUGUGAAUUUAAACGAAGUAGACGCUAUCAAGGGAGGUUACCCAGAAAUAUUUUAAGGCACUUGAUCCUAUCAGAUUUGAAAGAUGCCCCGGUUAAUAGUCAAGAGAUGCAAAAUGAAGGACCAAUUUUGUCUCACGAUCCUUUGCCCCCGACAAAUUCGAUUGAUAUUUACAGCAAGCCAAGAACCACAAGGACAACCAAUCCAAACAAUUCGAAUUUAUUGUCGCUAUUUUUCUCCUCUAUCUUCAUAGAUUUAGAAGCAGAUGUGAUAGGAGAAGCAGCUGGUGCCAAUCGUCAAAAUGAAAACCGUGACAAUCGUGGUGAUCGUGAAAAUCGUUAUCAAGAAGAAUAUGAUUAAUACAUUAUUCCUGCUAACGUCA